CCUUCGGGAAAUGGAUGCUCCGCAGGUCUGCGGGCGCCAGGGGCGGGGAGAACGCUUUCUAAGCGGCGCUCAGGCCCCGCCCGGGAUCCGGCGGGAGGGCGGGGCCUCCCCCUUCCUCCUACACCGGCUCUGGUCUGAGCCCGGAACGGAGAAAAGAGAUUGGGUUUAAGCUCCCUACUUGAUUUUUGGGUAGCGGCGAGCGGAGGAGGAAUAUGGCGCUCGUAGGCAACGGAGCUGAGCUGGAAGCGGACGAGGACAUUUUUGAAGAUGCCUUGGAAACCAUCUCUGUGCCUUUUCGAGCAGAUAUGGCAACAAGCAGCCGGCACCUGGCCUCACUUGAUACAAAGCAGGACUCUGAGCAGUGCAGACCAUCCAGUGUGAGCAGGUCUUCUAGUGCUUUUGUAGAAACAAGCAAUUGUGAAGGUAUGCUGGAACAUCCUAAAAGGACAUCUGUAAAGUGGAACAAAUCUUCAGAUUUGGACAAGUCAGCAUCAACCAAGCUGGAUCUCAAGAGUAGCCUGGAAGAAUGUGAAGUGGCAUUGAAAUUAUUUCUAAGCAACAGAUUUAAAGAUGCCUUAGAAUUGCUGCAACCAUGGGCUAAGGACAGCAUGUACCAUGCCUUGGGCUACAGUACCAUUGUGGUAUUGCAGGCCAUCAUGACCUUCGAGCAACAGGACAUCCAAAAGGGCAUUUCUGCCAUGAGGGACGCCUUACAAACCUGCCAGAAAUAUAGGAAAAAAUGCACAGUUGUAGAAUCUUUCUCAAGUUUUCUUUCUAGAGGAUCAUUGGAACAGAUGACUGAAGAGGAAAUGCAUGCCGAAAUCUGUUAUGCCGAGUGUCUCCUACAGAAAGCAGCACUCACGUUUGUGCAGGAUGAAAAUAUGAUCAACUUCAUCAAAGGUGGACUCAAAAUUAGAACAAGUUACCAAAUAUAUAAGGAAUGCCUUUCUCUCCUGCAUAUAAUUCAGAAGAACAAAGCUGAGCAACAAUUCUUCUAUGAGUUUGAAGGGGGUGUCAAGCUUGGAAUAGGGACCUUUAAUCUGAUGCUGUCCCUUUUACCAGCACGGAUCAUCAGACUACUAGAAUUUAUAGGAUUUUCUGGAAAUAGGGAACUGGGCCUCCUGCAGCUACGGGAAGGUGCAUCCGGAAGAAGCAUGCGGUCCUCACUGUGCUGCUUAACUAUAUUAUCUUUUCACACUUAUAUCUCCCUUAUACUUGGCACAGGAGAGGUGAACCUUGUGGAAGCGGAGAGUCUCCUUGCACCCUUCCUCCAGCAGUUUCCAAAUGGCUCGCUUAUGUUGUUUUAUCACGCCCGAAUAGAGCUGCUGAAAGGGAAUGUGGAAAAGGCACAAGAGGUAUUUCGGAAAUGCAUUUCAGUUCAAGAAGAAUGGAAACAGUUUCACCAUCUCUGUUAUUGGGAGCUGAUGUGGAUUAAUAUAUUCCAGCAAAACUGGAUGAAGGCGUAUUACUAUUCAGACCUGCUUUGCAAAGAGAGUAAAUGGUCCAAGGCAACAUAUGUGUUCUUGAAAGCUGCAAUUUUGAGUAUGCUUCCGGAGGAGGAUGUAGCAGCAACUAAUGAGAAUGUGGUAACCUUAUUCAGACAGGUGGACAGCUUGAAGCAGAGAAUUGCUGGGAAAUCUAUUCCUACUGAGAAGUUUGCUGUGAGGAAGGCUCGACGUUACUCCUCCUUGUUGCCUGCACCUGUGAAGCUUGUCUUGCCUGCUCUGGAAAUGAUGUAUGCCUGGAAUGGUUUUCCAAUAGUGGGCAAAAGAAAAGACCUUUCUGAAAAUCUGUUGUUAACAAUUGAAAAGGCUGAGGCAAAUUUACAAAAUGAAAACUUCAGCGAUUACACGGUGGAUGAUGAGUGCUUGGUGAAGCUGCUGAAAGGAUGCUGCCUGAAGAACUUACAGCGGCCCUUGCAAGCGGAAUUGUGUUUCAGUCACGUUAUCCAGAGUGAAAGGCUACUGAAGUUUGACCACUACCUCGUGCCAUUUACUCUGUUUGAGUUGGCGUGUUUGUACAAAAGCCAAGGGGAGAUUGAUAAGGCCGUAAAGGCUCUGGAAACUGCGAGGAACAACUACAAAGACUACUCCAUGGAGUCUAGACUGCACUUCAGAAUUCAGGCAGCUCUUCACCUCUGGAGAAAACCUUCCUCAGACUGAUGAGGACGUAAAGGAUGGAACUUCCCCUCCAUUAACACCAACACCUGCUAUAGAUUAGACCUUGUAUUAAAGUGGAAAAGUGAUCUUGUGAACGAGAGACAAAAAAUUAAUUUUUUUAUCAAUAUUUUUGAUCAUUUAUGUGGUUUACUGUUGUUCUAUGUGAAAGUUGUUUUGUUUUUCCCUAUGGAAUAGCGAUCAGUACUAUCUAGAAAAUUCUUAUAUUUUGCCUCUCCAAGAAUUUCAUAUUAGACUUAAAUUGGAGAGUGAAGAAGUCUUUUAAAUGACUCAAAGGUACAACAAAGUCUAAUUAGAUUAUUUAUUUAUUUUUUUAGUAUGGAAAUUAAUACUGUUUAAGUAGCACAUGGCUUACAAGUUAAGCCAUUUUUAGAUCUGUUUGUCAGUUAAACUUAAGAGUUAUUUUGUUGCCUACUAUUUAAAUUUAAGAGGGGAAAUAAAAUCAGUUACAUUCAAAAUAGCUUAAUCUUCUGAAGACUCCUGAAAAAGACAGGCAGUGGGUGUGAGCAGGGAUGGGAUAAUGUAGUUAAUAGGUCAAAAAGACCCAUGUCUAGCAAAGAUGGUGGCAUAUUGUUAGUUUUCUUAAUUCUUCAUGUAAGUUAAAAGUGGUGACAUUUUUGAGAGACUGUCUUGUUUUUGAAUGUACUCAUUAAGCCUAGUAUAAUAACAAAAUUUUAAAAAGUGUGUAAAGGGAAGAAAAAGUUAUAUUUUAGACAUUAUCCUUAGCAGUGAGAGCCUCAAAUAUAUACAUUGAUUAUUUUUCUUAGAGAAAGCAAAGUUCCUGCUGCUUUAAAUAUGUAAAAUAUUGAUAAUUUUUACACUCGUGAUGUUGGUGAGCGAGAUCUAAUUUCCUAGUUUCUCUAGCACUGUGAUGGCUCCUUGUAAAUACCUGGGCUGUGUUUGGUCCUGUGAAUUGGAAACACGGUCAGGACACUGAGUGGAAGAGAGCCCAACUCUGUGGUCCCGGCCCUGCUGCCGGUUCCGAGCCACCAGAAUGACCUUGAUGGAGCCCCCUGCUCUCUGCACCCCCACACUCUCCUUAUUGGAGACAUGGAAGAAGAACAGAUGAUUACCAAGGUCUCCUUCAGUUUUAUAACCAUCAGUAUUUUAGGUAUUCAUUUGCAGUGGACAAUGUUAAAUGUUUAAUCCAAAUCACUCCCACUUGGAGUAUGUUUUUAGUUUGUGGUCCUCACGGUCUCUACCCCCAAACCCCCAAAUAUGAUCUUUUGUGACUAAGGACCUGCUUAUAUCCAGAGUGAAGAAAAAAAUUUGUGAUCAAUGAAUCAGGGUUUUGUCCUAUUUCUGCUUCUAUUUUGAAGAAUAACUUGCCAUAAAAGCCUGUGCAGUUUAACAGAAGUAGCCCCAGACCGAGAGUCAGGAGCCCAUCCCUGCCAGACCCUGACGUGCAGAAAGUCAUCACCUUUGUGUUUACUCAUGUGUGUGGUGCUGACGGUGGCCCAGGUCAUGAAUUUAUUUCCUGCUACAUGAGCCUGUCUGCAGCAGAUGUUUGCCUUGGUUUCAUUAAGGUGUUAACUCUCGACCGGUACUGAGGAUGUAUUUCCAAUGGAAGAUAUUAAUACAGUUCAAGCAGAGUACCACCCGUGCGGAUGGUAUGGUGAAGAUCUCAGUAUGUGCUCUUAAUAUAAACCGUGUAACUUCACUGUAGGUCUGGACAAAAGAGGAAAUAAAAUAAACUGUUGUCACAACUAGUAGUGGAAA